AUGGAAGCAACACGAAAGUACAAGCUUCAGGCUCACAUGAGCUCUGAAACCAGCGAAUUGAGACCAAUCGCAACAUUUCUGAAUGGAGACAACUCUUGGCUGUUUUCAUUUCCUCGCCCCCUCAAUGAUCGCGCAGCUUCUGGCAAGGUUUAUUACCACAUUGUCUAUGAACCAUGGCUGAACGGUUCAGCAAAUGACAUGAGCAAGUGGCUUACCGAUAUCCUGCAACCCGUACAUGCAGCCAUAGAUAGCCCUGCUGCUGUCGACGAUGCUAUUACCGACAUCGAGAACUCGGCAGUCGCGCAUCUGGCUGGGGCCGACAAGAUUUCUACACCAAAUACUUUGAGUGAAGAUGCGCUCAAGGUUGAUGCUAUUUUACUCAUGUUUUACCUUCCUGACCAUGUACAUCAGCCGACUCUGUACCAGUUUGACAAGCGGAUUCCGGUGUUUGCAACGCCAGACGCGAUGGCCAUUGUCAAGAAGAUGAAGCAUUUCGAGACCCUAGAACUUAUUCCGUCUCUAUCGCCUACCGCCAAGACUUGGCGGGAACCAAGCGUACAGCCCGCAGCAGGAUGGCCCUCAUGGCUGAUGCCUUGGUUCCUACCUGGUCAUCGCGCAGUCAACCCAGCAUGGGCGCUAGUGUGGACGCAUACUGGUAAUGAUGGAGAGGAAGUGAACGAGAGCAUUGUAGCCUCCAUCCACGGAAGCCAGGUGGACGAAAAACAUCUGAAUGCCUUCCUCGAUUCUGAGCCCCCUACUGAGAAACUGGCUCUGAUGCACGGCCUGAAAGAAAGCGGGCUAAUCGGAGUUCAAAUUGCCUUCGGGGCCAAGAGCGGGUUGGCACUGUAUCGGAGGAUACAGCCAAAGUACUGGUUGGCGAACCAUGAUGCCCUGUUUACGUACAACGGUCUCUUAUAUAAGAGCGUACAGCUUAACGAUGUCGGGCGAACGGUAGAUUGGGCCUUGGAACAGGAGCAGAAAGUUGGUGGAGUAUGUUCGGGAGUAAAGAAGCCCAACUUUAUAAAAGUGGCUAAUGGAGAAUGUUUUGUAUUAGUAUAG